GGAAUGGCUACGCCAAGAAGAAAAGCUGCCCCCGGGAAGGCAAAAUGAACAUUCAAGAGUAUUUCGCAAGAAUUUCUUACAAGGAGUCCCAUAAGGAUGCAGACUUGCAAACCUUAACAGUCAUCUUCCAGCAUCACAUCCAGGCAAUUCCUUUUGAAAACCUCAGCAUGCAUUGCGGGGAGACCAUCAAACUGGAUUUACAAUCUACUUACGAUAAGAUUGUGAGAAAGAAACGCGGUGGAUGGUGCCUGGAAAGCAACCACCUUUUAUUUUGGGCCUUGCAAGAAUUAGGGUAUGACGUUUGUAUUCUUGGAGGAAAUAGUUAUGAACCAGCGGAGAGGGCAUACACUGCUGAGAUAAAUCACAUCCUACUGAAGGUGGUGAUCGAGGGCAAUUCCUACAUAGUAGAUGCUGGUUUUGGCGGUGCCUACCAGGCGUGGCAGCCACUGAUGCUGAUUUCUGGGAAGGAUCAACCCCAGAUCCCUGGCAUCUUCCGCUUCAUGGAAGACAACGGCACUUGGUACUUCGAGAAAGUCAAAAGGAAGCAUUAUAUUCCCGAGCAAAGUGUCCCUUUCACUGAUACUCCAGAACUGGGGAAUAUCAGAAAAAUAUAUACAUUCACUCUCGAGCCACGACAUAUAAAUGACUUUCAGGAGCUAAACACAUACCUACAAGUGUCUCCAGAUAACAUACUUCAGAAGAAGUCAAUCUGCAGUCUCCAGACCGCUGAAGGCCUUUAUGCCUUAGUUGGAUGGACCUUCACUAAGGUGAAGUAUAACUACAUGGAGGACGUGGACCUGGUGCAGAUCACAACUCUUACAGAUGAAGAGGUUGAGAAGACACUGAAAGACAAAUUCAAUAUAGUGCUGGAGAACAAACUUGUACCAGUAAACGUUCGUGGCUUGCCACCUAAUUUAGUGGAUACAAUCUAAUUCUAACGCUGUGCUAGAUGAGUCUUUAAAUAUCCAAUAUAAAAAGCUCUAAAAUUAACAGUACUGAUGUGAUCCUGAAGUUGAGCUAGUGAGAUAAACACAAAGCUUGAUAAAUUCAAGUACAUUGCUAAUUAAUCGCAUACACCAAUUGCAUAUUUUUUUCUUGAGCUUCGCCUUCUUUAGGAACAGAGACAUCUUACCCACCCCUAAUUUGCUCGUACGGAAAUUGCUUUUUGACUCUGUAACAUUUUGUUCCACCUCUCUCGAUCUUGUCUUAUUUCAGAUAUAUUUUGUGGCAAAGGAGACCAAAAUGAUACAGAAGGAGAAGCUGCGUUACUAUUUUACACAGGAGACCUCUAACCUUCACAGGUAUUAUUUCCAAUCUUCUCUACAGAGUUUUAUAAAUUAUUCACUUCCUUCAGCAGUCCGAAAUAAAAAGUUGAGCUGAAUUUGGCCUUCAAAGACCUCAUAAAAAAAAGAAAGGUUAAGACUUUCUCAAAACAAGCCACUAUUAGGCACGGAUUAGCUUAUGGUGAAAUAAGUUGAAAGACUUGAGUCCUAUUCCCUUACCAGAAAUUGACUUCAAGUGAGCUAUUUAUGUAAGGGCACUUAAAAGAUCCCAAAAGCUCUCUAAUUUUGAGUGUCCAAUUUUUCUGAGUUUGAUUUUUCUGUGUCUCUGACAUCAAAACAAAAUCAACAGAAGCUGAGAUGAUUCGACGGUUUUUAAAAAAUGAGGCUUUUGGUGCCAAAAAUGGAAAUAAUCAAAGUUAGAUCAACCUUUGCAAACUAUGAUCUAAAUUUUUGGGACCUAACCUUCCUGCGAUGUCAAGCGGGCAUGACACUAUUAUAAAUAAAACUCUUCGUAUUUAUUACAAACAGUAGUCUGCACAAAAGCUACCUUAAAUAAGUAAUACUGCAGAUGCACAGGAAAGCACUGGGAAGUUAGGACCUGCCACCGGUGUGGUUUCACGUCGCGUUAUACGUAACGCAAAAGCCUUUUACCUUUAUGGUACCUGUGGCAGGUACUGUACGGGACGUGUCAUUAAAGAGGGCGACAGAAGAGCAUCAGCCCUCAGCCGAGGAAAAGGCUUUGAUGCUGAAAUUAGUCAACGACACAGACUCAAAGGGCACCUGACGUGUCUAAAACUCAGGCGUUUUCCCAGAUGCAGUCUAACGGCUCUUUGCCUUCCCAAAAGGGACCUCCGCCUUUCCACCUCCAACAAACGAAGAGGAGAGAAUUAACAGUGAGAGAAUUAAAUAAACAGCCCUGCAACACUUUGAAGAUGCGUGAGGCCAAGUUUUUGAGAGGAAAUGCAUUACUUCGUGCAAAUAAAUAUUUGUCAUGGUAUUUGUUAGGUGUGGCAGCUCCAAAAUAACUACCUGCUGCAGUGGAAGCUUUGAACAGAUCGAAAAAAGUUCCUUUGUGGGCAAAGAAGGGUCAUUUUUGGGACCCGCAGCCUGUAAUACCUUGGCAAUUCAGCGCACCCACAAGAAGCAGAUGA